UAUGUCGGCAGUGCUUGAUGGGAUGCGCGUGGGAGAGCGGAGGCUCUGUCCUGCGCUCGCGUUGCAAGCAGCUCGUCUUUCGUCAGGCGCCCUGCCUUUGCACAGCGCUCGUCCUCUGCGCUGCUAUCGUUCAUGCGCGCACUGGAUCCCGCCUUCUCCAGGACGAGCUUCCCUCGCGUUCGCGCUGCCCGCCCUCUCGCUUCAAGCUCGAACACGCAAAGAGCUCCACGCAAAGGCGACCCAGGCUGACUGCGACAGUCAACGUGCGCGGAAAUCGUUAUGAGGCGGAUGGUCAGUCGCAUGAUGGGGAAAGGAAAGGAGGUGGCAAGCUUCGUGCGUCGUCUCUUAGCUCAUACCUCCGCGUACGCUCAAUGCAUGCGUGCGCUUUUAUUCUGACCCUGUAGCAGACGUCUAACCUCAUCCAAUUCCAUCGCGGCGUCCCUCCCUUUGCCUAUCCCUCACGAGUCACCGUAACACCACAAUCGCACGCAUAGCCAG